AUGGCACAAGCAGUUACAAAAGUUUUAGAUAAAAUGGAAUGCAAUAUUACUACUAUGCGUGGAAUUCAAUAUAAUGAGACUUUUGUUGAUUUUCUUGUAGUAUUUAUCUCAAUUAGUACUCUUGCUAUACAAUGGAUUAUAUUAAAUCUUGCAGGGCUAACAAUAAGAUUUCUUCAACAAGUAAGAAAUAAAAGUGAUAAUUCUUUUGAUCUGUUAGAAAUUAAUUUCUUAAAUUUUCCUGAAUUAAUUAAUAAAUGGCAAUGUGUAUAUAAUUAUUUGGGACCAAUUAUAUGUGCAAAAGAUCAAACUAAAAUCGCUGAAAUGAUUGAAGUAGAUCGGCAUCAAAAUCGAUUUGUUAGAUAUAUACAAAUACAACAAACUUCUAUUUCUCAUUCAAUAACAAUUGAUAAACUUCAACAAAAAUUAAUAAUUCUAAAAAAGGCUACUUAUAUAACAGUUUUUGCAAUUUCAGCA